CCAUUAUCACCCACAAAAAAUCUUGCUCUUUUCAUUUCCCACUCUUCCGCCCCCUCGCUCUCCCAUUGCAUUGUCCAAUGGCUCAAUUGCUCUCUCCUGUGUGCACUGACGCUCUCAAAUUCCAAAACCCAGUAUUUAAUAUGUGCUCAAGAAGCUCACGGGGCAUGUUAUCAAAGACCACAACUCCUUGGACUGUGUUGGGUCGUGGUGCCAAGAGAAGACGCAGUGGCAGAGUCAGGGUCGCAACUGAGGACUCGCUGCCUUCCACCGAGGCGGCUGCCGAGGAUUAUUAUGCCGUUUUGGGUCUGCUUCCAGAUGCCACACCAGGGCAGAUUAAGAAAGCCUAUUACAAUUGCAUGAAAGCUUGCCAUCCAGAUCUGAGUGGGGAUGGUCCAGAGACCACAAAUUUCUGCAUGUUCAUAAACGAGGUCUAUGCGGUGCUCAGCGACCCUGUGCAGCGCAUGGUUUAUGAUGAAAUUCAUGGGUAUGCUUUGACUGCAGUCAAUCCUUUCCUAGAUGAUUCCAUCCCAAAGGAUCAUGCAUUUGUUGAUGAAUUUAGCUGUAUUGGGUGUAAAAAUUGUGCCAAUGUGGCAUCAGAUGUCUUCGCAAUUGAGGAAGACUUUGGGAGAGCCAGAGUCCACAGCCAGUGUGGGAACCCUGAAUUAGUUCAACAAGCAAUUGAUACUUGCCCAGUUGAUUGCAUCCAUUGGACAUCUGCUGCACAACUAUCCUUGCUUGAAGAUGAAAUGCGCAGGGUAGAAAGAGUAAAUGUUGCAUUCAUGCUUUCAGGAAUGGGAUCAGCAUCCGUGGAUGUUUUCCGAAUGGCAAGUACACGGUGGGAAAAGAGGCAAGCAAAAGUUUUGGCGCAAGCUAAACUGAGAAUGAUGAAGCAGAAAGAUUCUGGUAAAAGUGAACCAUACUGGAGCAAUCUAUGGGGCAAACCCAGGGAAUACCAAAAUUCAGAGGAAGAAGUGAAAGAGAGAGCAAGAAGAGCUGCUGCAGCGGCCCGAAGAUGGAGGGAGUACUCAAGGAGGGGUGUCGAUAAACCUCCCACCUUUAAACUCCCAAAGCCAACAAUCUCCAACAAGGAAAAUUAACCACUAGAUGCAAUUCUACGCUCAAUGUAAUUAAGCUAUCACCCAUAGCAUUCUUCUACCGAAGACCGUGAUAUGUUUUUCAUUUUGUAUUAGUGUUGCAUUAAGAUGAUAAAUACUAUAAAUUGAUUAAAUGAAAGAAAAUGAUUUAUAGCA